GAAUUGUCCUUUCUAUCUAAUAUUCCUAUCUACUUUUCCUUGACCUCAGUGGAAACGGCAUGGGGUCAAGGAAAGGGGUAAAGGAGAACUCAUAGGACUUAUGAAAAGCCGACAGCGCUGCUCAGAGACAUUCACUAUACUACAUCAUUAUGCAACUGUGGAUUUUAUUGACGUGCGUCUGCCGUGGUGAAACUACAAAUUUCUGAAGAUGGACCUCAAAAAACGCAAUGGCUCCAUCCAUAAUUUUUCAGUGUGUAUUAUCACUAUGUGGCAUCAGAUGUAAAUGAUUCACAUCUAACAGUAACUUACAUGAUGAUGUGCGUCACUUCUGGGUCAUAUUCAUACUCGUCUUCUUCUACUUUCGGUUGAAUCGUUUAAAUAUCACUGCCGCAAUGAAUUGUGGGGCGUCUAUUUCUCCUUUCCUUUUGUGUACCCUAUGCUAAAGGAGAUGGGAAAGGAAGCAUUUGAGCACCUUUCCUUAGCAUUUAGAGAAUCUGAAACACCUCAUCAUGGCUGACUAUGAAAUACUUCUGGGUCACGUUAAGAUUUAGAAAACUUCCUGAGCCAAUUUGAAAAUUCCACCAUACCCCUGAACAUGCCGUAUAUAAAAACGUAUGUACAUUCUCUGGGUCCGGAAAGUGAAGACAAUGCGGGAGUGCCUGAAACCUGUAUUCUCUUCAAUGACCAGCAGAGGAACAAUCAGUCUGAUCCAAACAGCUGAUUAUUGUGGCCCACACCUUGAAAUGUUCAGAUAACCGAGCAAUAUAAGUUCUGGGUUUCUUGUUGUGCCGUCACCAUUCUGACCAUUGCAGUGGUUCGCUGUGAAGUCCUCCUGGCUCUAAGACUGCACAUAUUUCUGCAAGAAUGAAGGCUGGUCACAAGUGUCUACUUUUCCUGCAUGUUUUGCUCUCUGUCAUCAUUUUGGGCCACGGCAAAGAUCUUUUCUUCAGUGCCAAUGGGAACCUCGUACUCCCUGGGUCCUACAAAAUUCCAUGGAUGGCAAGCAUUGAGGAUUUCCGCACCCUAUCGAGCAUCACCAUCCCCGGUACCCAUGAUACCAUGGCCCUCUACGGAGGCCCGGAGGCCGAAUGCCAGGCUUUAGCCCUGAGGGAUCAGCUGAGGGCUGGGAUUCGUUUUUUGGAUUUCAAAGUGUUUGGUCUGUUUGACACCCUCUAUGUUAUGAAUGGUGUGAUGUACCAGCGUAGCACUUUCAAGCAGGUCCUAGACACAGUUAAAGCCUUCCUGUCCGAGUUCAAGACUGAGGCUGUGCUCAUCAGAGUGCAACCGGAGUCCUUUGAGAAGAAAACAGUCAAUGAAAUGGUGAAGAAGCUGAUUGGCAACGACCAACAUGUCUGGUUGACCUCUGGGAUGCCAAACAUGGGCCAAGUCAGGGGUAAAAUAGUAUUUUUGCAGAGGAGCACCUUCACACUAGGGAUUCCCCUCGUGGAAACAGAAGGUAAAUCCAAGGUUAGCAAUGUAAAAGAUAAAGACAACAUAUUAAUAAAACAGCUGAACCAAGCCAUGGAGGGCUUUGGAGGUGACAAUGCUGUUGUGACUUACACUAGUGGCACUGGCUUUGGUACUUUCUGGGGCAUGUUUCUGACUCCAAAGGGAGUGGCUGAAAAGGUAAACCCAUGGCUUAAUCAAUACCUGAGACAGUUUUACCCUAAUAAGCCCAGACCAUGCUUUUGUAUCAUUGCCAUGGACUUCCCUGGCAUUGACCUCAUUCAGACUAUAAUCAAUAUAAACUGGUGGUAGAGGUUAUGUAGAAAAACACAGUGCAUCCCAUGUGUUUGAGAGGUUCUGAGGUUCAAUCUGUUGGAUGUAUUGCUAUGAAAUCUUUCCUGUAUUCACUCUUCAGUUAACACACUUUGAUAAAGCAAAAAUGUCUUGUAAUCCAAAACUUAUACUCUACUCAUCAUUGUCAGUUGAAUCCUGAACUGUGCACAACUAACACUAACAUUUUCUGACAAAAAUAAAUGUCAAUCUACUGCCUCCUCA